AUGAGAAUUAUUACAAUAUCAAUAAAUUGGCCUUUUGUUUUAAAUGAGAUUACAACUGAUAACUCUAGAAGCGAUUUAGAGGAUGGAGGUUGUUAUGGUGAUCCGUACAAAACUGAUCUUCAUAGUAAUAAUAAUAAUACAGACAAGAAUGGUAAAGAUUUGUACUAUGUUGGUGUGUGCUAUCUAAAAAUUGCAGACGAAUAG